CCGCGUCCAGGUGGCCGUGCCGGUUGCACUGCGCUUGCGCUGGCAUUCGUUGCAGCAUGCCCCGGCGCACAGCGCUCCUGAUCCUCCGUGGGCUCCACGCCAUCGGCGGCAUCGUCCUCGUCGCCAGCACCAUGCUCACCUACGGCACGUUCACGCUCGUCGACGGGGACCGGUAUCGGUACGCGCAGACGUACCAGUUUGUGAGCGUCGUCGUUGGCUACACGUCGGUGCAGCUCGGGCUGCUCUACCUCGUUGGCGUCGGCCUCCUCCGCCAGCCAAGCAUCGACAUUGUGCUCGAGCGCUUCGUCGAUGGCAUCCUCGCGCUCUGUAGCGUCGUUGUCGGCUACAUGGCGCAACGCAAGGUCGCUUCGUGCGACGCCUCCAUGGUGUCCUACCAAGUCGCGUGCGCUGGCCUCGACUGGAGCGUCGCUGCGUCCUUUGGCCUCGCGACCCUCUUUGCCCUCUCGCUAUGCUACAACUGCUGCGUGCGUCGGCCGUCGCACCCGGACGCCGUCGAGAACCUCGUGCCCCGGGGCAACUAUGGCCCGCAGCGCUGCAUUCCGGGGAGCAUCCCGAUGCUAAGCCCUCGCGGCGACGACACGACCGGCCGCGCGCUCGCCAGCAUGGACCAGGACAGAACGGAAAAUCUCGUGCCCCGGGGCAACUUUUCGCUCGCCGAAGACGACGACAUCGACAAGACGGAGAAGCUCGUGCCCCGCGGCGACUUUCAUUUGUAG